AUUCCCUCUUUCCUUUCCUCUCUAUCUCCAUUCAACCUUUAUAAAUCCAAACACAACUUUGCCUACAUGAGCUCCUAUGCCCAUCUCUCUCUCUAUCUCUCUCCAUUCCACACAUAAAUAUAUAAGAGUCUUAUAUAUAUAUAUAUAUAUAACACUUUCCCUCCUUCCUUUCCCGUCUCCCUGACUCGAUCAAAGUCGUCUAUAAAUCCAUAAAAACUUUGGCUAAAUGAGCCUGUUAUUUUGAAGCUCCUAUAUAUACUCUCUACAUGUUUCGAAAUUCUUUGUAAAAAACUCUAUUGGGAGUUUCUAUAUAUUCAAGGAAGAUUCAUACACACACACACACACAUAUAUAUAUAUAUGGCAGCUGCAGGAGGGGAGCGAUCACUGGAGGAAACGCCAACUUGGGCAGUUGCAACUGUUUGUUUCGUGCUGGUUGCAAUUUCAAUUGUCAUUGAAUACAUCCUUCACUUAAUUGGAAAGUGGUUAAAAAAGAGGAACAAAAGAGCCCUUUAUGAAGCGCUUGAAAAGAUCAAAGCAGAGCUUAUGCUGCUGGGAUUUAUAUCAUUGCUCCUAACAGUAGGACAAGGUCCCAUUUCAAACAUCUGUGUAUCAAAGUCCGUAGGAGCUACUUGGCAUCCAUGUAAUAAGAAGCAAGAGAGCAAGUACGACCAAAAUAAAGACUCCGGUGAUCGGAGAAAGCUUCUCGAAUUUUUGGACUCCGAUGGGAGUGAUCGACGUGUUUUAGCCGCUGCCAAAUAUGACAAAUGCCCAACGGAUCAAGUCCCAUUUGUCUCCAAUUAUGGCAUUCACCAACUGCACAUAUUCAUCUUCGUGUUAGCUGUUUUCCAUGUCCUUUAUUGUAUAAUCACCUUGGCUUUAGGCAGAUUAAAGAUGAGGAAGUGGAAGGCAUGGGAAAUGGAAACAAAAACAACAGAGUAUCAGUACUCACAUGAUCCAGAGAGAUUUAGGUUUGCGCGGGACACGUCGUUUGGGAGAAGGCACUUGAGUUUCUGGAGCAAGUCACCUAUUCUUCUUUGGAUUGUAUGUUUCUUCAGACAAUUCGUCAGAUCAGUUCACAAGGUCGACUAUUUGACUCUCCGCCAUGGAUUCAUCACUGCACAUUUGGCACCACAGAGCCAAAUUAAUUUUAAUUUCCAGAAGUACAUCAACAGAUCACUUGAGGAGGAUUUUAUAGUGGUUGUAGGGAUCAGCCCACCAAUCUGGCUAAUUGCAAUAUUGUUCCUACUGUUUAAUACCCAUGGCUGGUAUUCCUACUUGUGGUUACCCUUCGUCCCACUGAUUAUCAUCCUAUUGGUGGGAACAAAGCUACAGGUGAUCAUCACCAUGAUGGGGUUGAGGAUUCAAGAGAGAGGAGAAGUGGUUAAAGGAACUCCACUGGUUCAACCUGGUGAUGAUCUCUUCUGGUUCAACAGCCCUCGCCUCUUACUCGUCCUCAUCCACUUUGUUCUCUUUCAGAAUGCAUUUCAGCUUGCCUUCUUUGCAUGGGCAUGGUAUGAAUUCGGCUUGACAUCAUGCUUUCAUGAGAAUGUGGAAGACAUUGUCAUCAGAUUAACAAUGGGGGUCCUCAUACAGGUAGUCUGCAGUUACGUGAUUCUCCCUCUUUAUGCCCUAGUAAUACAGAUGGGUUCAAAAAUGAAACCGACGGUCUUCAAUGAUGGAGUGGCUAAGGCUCUAAAAAAGUGGCACCAAAGUGCAAAGAAGCAUAUAAAACAGAACCGUCAAUCAGGCUCAGCGUCCCCAUUGCCAAGCAGGCCAGGCACUCCGCUGCAUGGCAUGUCCCCAGUUCAUCUACUGCGUGAUUACCAGGGCGAACUUGACAGUGUUCGUACAUCUCCUAGGGUUUCCAAUUUCGAUAAGAAGUUCUGUGAAGAUGAGGGGUCUAUUUCACCCUCGCCCCAGCAUGAUGAUGUACCAUGGACUCGACAGUAUGGAAACCAGGAUCAAGUGGAAGAGGAGAAAGAGGCUCCAACCUCAACAAGUUCAGCCCUUCAGCCUCUUCAUGUUCAACAUACAAUUGAUGUUCGCUCGUCGGAUUUCUCAUUUGAGAAAAGCCCAAGAAAAUGAAUACUCCCAAAACUUGAUGACAGAAACUUCCAAAAUGCUACAAACCCUGUUCUUUUUUAGUUUCUUGUAUUGAUUGAGAGUAGUUCCCUGAAGGACUAAUUGCCUCAACUAGUCUUGUAUCUUGCAACCAUAGAACGUAAAUUUUGAAUCCCAGACACUGUUCAAGUCUAAAAAAUAUCCAUUUCUUGUUGAAAAUCUCCUACACCUCCCUAAAAUUUUGUAAUUCUGCUACAUACAGACCAAAAUGGUAGAUUUCAGAAAGUUGGUUUGGGUUUCAGAAAA